AUGAUUGAUUUUACAAGGGUGGAGGGGAUGCAUAGUGGUGAUAAUGGUACGGAAAUAAAUGGCUUGCAAAUGCACUUAGCCCCUCCUAUUUUGGCCAAUUUGGAGACAUUUUCACAAGUGGAUGUGGUGGGUUCUGGAACAACGUCUGAACUUUCUAUUCGACAUAAUUGGAGGCAAAUGGCUGAACAAAAUGUGCACAAUUUGGGUAUUGUACAUGAUGAAGAAGAAGAUAUUGAAAGUGCGUAUUCACGGAAUAAUUGGGAUCCAAAAUUGGAAGUUGGGAAAAUUUUCUCUAGUAAGGAAGCCCUGUCCAACAAGUUACAGCUGGCAGUUGUGAGAGGUCACUUUGAAUUUAAGAUGAAGCAAUCUUGCAAUAGUCGAUUGGUUGUGGUUUGUUCUCACGGCCCAUGCCCAUGGCGGCUUCGUGCAUCUAGUUAUGGAGAAAAGAACUUCAUGAUUGUGAAAUAUAAUCCGGUUCAUGAAUGUGAUAUGAGUUUUAUACAUGACAAGCAUCGUCACGCAAGUGCUAAACUCGUUGGUAAUGCAGUGAAGCGGAAGUUGAAAGAUUCUCGCACAAUAUACACACCAAGUGAUAUAAUCAAAGAUGUGAAACAAAACUUUGGUGUCACCAUUAAUUAUUGCAAAGCUUGGAGAUCGAGGAAGUUAGCUCUAGAGGUUUAG